CCAUGGCUCCCGAGACUGUCCUUGUCGUAGGUUCGACCGGCAACAUUGGUGUCUCUGCAGUCAUCGGCGCGCUCAACACCAAACGCAACGUCCUUGCUGUCGUGCGCAACCAAGAAUCAGCCGAGAAAUUGUUCAAGCAUGUCGGCACGCGCGAAGGCAUCACCAUCGCAGAAGCAGAUAUCACAUCUGAAGCAGACAUGCUCCGACUAGUGAAAGAUGUCAAGACAGGUAAACUGCCUGCUUUCCAACAUGUAUAUGCCGCUGUCGCCUACAAAGCUACCAUUCCAUACCUACUUGAGCAAGGAUUCCAGGACAGCACCUGGACACUUUGCACAGGCGGCAUGGGCGAUGUCGGUCUACGUGCAGGAGCAGCCUUAACACAAGGUGCCCUCUACUCUCUCGCCAACGUAGCCUGCCGCGACCUCGAAAACACCAACAUUCGCUUUAACGAAGUGUACCUGAACUUGAGAGUGGAGGUAGACGAAUCAGCCAAACAGACGGGCUUCUUCAAAGCCACAGACUUUGCGGCAGAUUAUCAAGAGAUUCUUGGAUGUCCUAAUGUUAGGAGCUCAAGAAUUAGUGUCUUUGAUAAGAAGGAUUUCACGCAGUUGGUGCAUAAGAAGAAGCGUGUUGACUGGGCUUUCAAGAAGGAUAAC